GAGAUCACCACGCAGAAAUGUGAAGGGGAGGACAAACCUAUAUUAGCAGUCUCCACUAUUAACACACCCUAUCCGUGAUACGCACCGCAGAAAUCACAGAUAACAACAAACCGCAAUUAGAUUGCUUGUUAGUGCGGAGAAAUAUCUCUUUAGACGAUCUGUGUGAUUCGCUCGAAACCCCCACCCCGCACAUGGUAUGUUCCUGUUCCGGGUACACACGUGGGUGCUACUUGCUUGAGUUGUUUCGGAAUCUGAGAACUUUGGGUUAGGAGUACUCGGUACCGGGCAGGAGGGGACAAGCCGGUACCAGACAUGCUUAUCAAUAAGGACAUCCCAUGGAGGCGCCUGACGGGGUCAUCUUUUGGGAUAUAUUCUGCAGAUGAGAUCAGAAGCUUGAGUGUGAAAGCUAUUACAAACCCCCAAUACAUGGACAAUGUGGGGAACCCUAUGAUGAAUGGCUUAUACGACCUGGCACUGGGACCUUCAGACAAUAAGGAAGUGUGUGCAACAUGUGCGCAAGACUUUAUCAACUGUCCUGGGCACCUUGGACACAUUGAGUUGCCACUAAUUGUCUACAACCCCCUGUUCUUUAAUAAGCUGUAUCUUCUGGUUCGGGGCUCCUGCUUUCACUGCCACUUACUGACAUGUCCAAGAGCUGUAAUUCACUUACUGAACAACCAGCUGAAGGUUCUAGACAGAGGCGCCCUUGAUGAGGUUUAUGAACUGGAAGCUGUUCUCAACAGGUUUCUGAAUGGAAAUCCAAACGCAAGUGCAAAUGAGAUCCAAGAAGAGCUGGAGGAUUAUACCAAGAAGGUGCUGAAGGGGCUGAAGAAUAAGAAGAGGGCCGAGAGCCUAUGUGUCAAGAAUAUAUGUGUAACCAGAAACAAACUUAUUGGUGACUUUUGGAAAAACCACAUGGCUUCUAAGAAAUGCAGUUAUUGUAGCGCUCCACGGUCUGUAGUGAGAAAAGAACAUAACAGCAAGCUGACUAUAAUCCUAACGUCCAGCGCAAACAAAUCCAAUGACAAACAAGAAGUGACAGAUGACACACAGUUAACAAAACGAGGCUAUUUGACUCCAAAUACUACAAAAGAACAUAUUGAGAUGCUGUGGAAGAAUGAAGGUUUUUUCUUGACGAGGAUGUUUUCUUCUAUGGAUAUGAGUGAUGAAUCUUCAUUUACACCAGACCUGUUUUUCCUUGACCUUGUUGUUGUACCUCCAGCCAGGUUCCGUCCUGUUAAUCGCCUGGCAGACCAGGUGUUCACCAAUGGUCAGACAGUAAAUCUACAAGCAGUCCUGAAGGAUGUCACUAUAAUACAGAAGCUAUUGGCUGUAAUGGCUCAGGAUCAAGAACAGACCCCUCAGAUUACAGAAACAGACACCAAGUUGGAAGGGGAAGAAGCCUCAAAUGACAUUGAUCGCUCGUUUUUGACCUUGUUGCCUGGACAGUCCCUUGCAGAUAAACUGUACAACGCUUGGAUCAGACUUCAGAGUCAUGUGAAUAUUGUUUUUGACAGCGACAUGGAUAAAUUAAUGACAGAGAAGUACCCUGGAAUCCGGCAGCUCCUAGAAAAGAAGGAGGGUCUUUUUCGCAAGCAUAUGAUGGGAAAGCGUGUGGAUUACGCAGCUCGCUCUGUGAUCUGUCCUGACAUGUACAUCAACACCAAUGAGAUUGGGAUCCCUAUGGUAUUUGCUACCAAACUGACUUACCCCCAGCCAGUCACUCCCUGGAAUGUCCAGGAAUUGAGACAAUCCGUUAUUAAUGGUCCAAACAUCCACCCAGGGGCCUCUAUGGUGAUCAAUGAGGAUGGCUCUCGCACUAUACUGAAUCCCAGUGACCCCAGCCAGAGGGAGGCCAUGGCAAAGCAACUGCUCACUCCAUCCACGGGAGUGAAGAGAUUGGCAUCCAAAAUUGUGUGUCGUCAUGUGAAGAAUGGGGAUGUGCUGCUACUGAAUCGCCAGCCCACUCUCCACAGACCUUCCAUCCAAGCUCACAAAGCUCGUAUUCUGCCUGGCGAGAAGGUUCUACGGCUUCACUAUGCAAAUUGUAAGGCCUACAAUGCUGACUUUGAUGGUGAUGAAAUGAAUGCUCACUUCCCGCAGGGCGAACUGGGCCGAGCUGAAGCCUACACCAUAGCAUGCACUGACCAGCAGUACUUGGUGCCUAAGGACGGCACACCAUUGGCAGGCUUGAUUCAAGAUCAUAUGGUGUCUGGGGCAAGCAUGACAAUUCGUGAUUGCUUCUUCACCCACGAUCAAUAUAUGGAACUGGUGUAUCGAGGGUUAACGGACAAGAUAGGCCGAGUGAAAACCCUGGCACCAGCAAUCUUCAAACCGUAUGCACUUUGGACAGGAAAACAGGUAGUUUCUACGUUGCUAAUAAACGUAAUUCCUGAAGAUCAUAUACCUCUCAAUCUAACUGGUAAAGCCAAGAUUGGUAGCAAGGCGUGGGUGAAGGAAACUCCGCGAGCUACACCGGGGUUUUCACCGGAGUCCAUGUGCGAGUCUCUGGUUAUCAUCAGAAAUGGAGAACUACUGUGUGGUGUCUUGGACAAGGCUCACUAUGGUAGCUCGUCAUUUGGUCUUGUCCACUGUUGUUACGAGCUGUAUGGUGGGGAGACCAGCGGGAAGCUGCUCACUUGCCUGGCCCGGCUCUUCACUGCGUAUCUGCAACUUUACCGAGGGUUCACGCUGGGAGUGGAAGACAUCCUGGUGAGACCUUAUGCAAAUUCCAAAAGAGUCAAGAUAGUGGAACGCUCCACUCACUGCGGUGGUCGGGCCGUUAGAGCCGCAUUCAGUUUAUCACAAACGUCAUCUGAUGAAGAAGCCCAGGGAAAGUGGCAGGAUGCCCAUCUAAACAAAGAUCAGAAAGAUUUCAACAUGGUGGAUCUGAAGUACAAGGAGGAAGUUAACCUAUAUAGCAACGAGAUCAAUAAAGUGUGUAUGCCCCUAGGUCUACACCGGCGCUUCCCAGAGAACAACUUGCAGCUGAUGGUACAGUCAGGCGCCAAGGGAUCUACUGUGAAUACCAUGCAGAUUUCGUGCUUGUUGGGACAGAUUGAGUUGGAAGGUCGUCGGCCACCACUUAUGCCUUCUGGGAAAUCUUUGCCCUGUUUUCAGCCUUAUGACUUCACUCCACGAUCCGGAGGUUUUGUAACUGGAAGAUUUCUCACUGGCAUCAAACCACAGGAGUUCUUUUUUCACUGCAUGGCCGGUAGAGAAGGUCUUGUGGAUACCGCUGUCAAAACAAGUCGCUCCGGAUACCUUCAGAGGUGUAUCAUUAAACAUUUAGAAGGACUUGUGGUUCAGUAUGACCUCACUGUGCGGGACAGCGAUGGCAGCGUGGUCCAAUUCCUGUAUGGGGAAGACGGUCUGGAUGUACCAAAGACCCAGUUUCUACAGCCCAAGCAAUUUCCAUUUAUCGCUGAAAACUAUGAGGUUAUAAAGAAGUCCAAACGCCUAGACGAAGUUCUGUCAAAGAUGAACCAUGAGCAAGCUAGCAUGCACAAUAAGGCCAUCCAGAAAUGGAAAGCCAAACAUCCACCCCCUACGCAGCGAGCUGGAUCCUUUCUGCUGUACUCGCAGAAGAAAAUGGCUGCUGCUAAAGCAGUUUGUCUUUCUGGGGAGUAUGAAAAUGGAAGAGAUCUUGCAACCAUGAAGUUGGUGGAGAGCUGGUUCUCUCUUAAUGAGAAGUCACGGAAUAAAUUUGCUAAAAAGUCCUCCCCUCUCCCGGAUCCCUGUCUGGCUGUCUAUCGACAUCUUUACUUCGGAUCCGUUUCAGAAACGUUUCAAGACAACGUACACAAGUAUGGCUGCCAGUGGGAGGCAAAUGACUCCAGUUGUUGGAAAUCCAAACUGCCGUUCGAGAAAUUAAGGACAUUGUUGCAUUUAAAAUGGCAGAGAGCCCUUUGACCCGGAGAAGCUGUGGGUCUUCUGGCUGCUCAGAGUGUUGGUGAACCAUCUACGCAGAUGACUCUGAACACCUUUCACUUUGCUGGCAGAGGAGAAAUGAACGUCACCCUGGGUAUUCCAAGACUUCGAGAAAUUUUAGUGGUAGCCAGCUCCAACAUUAAAACUCCCAUGAUGAGUGUGCCUGUGGUUAACACUAAAAAAGCGCUGAAGAGGGUAAAGCGCCUAAAGAAGCAGCUGACACGUGUGUGCCUUGAAGAGGUGCUGCACAAGGUCGACGUAGAGGAGACCUUCUGUAUUGAACAAAAGGCAAAUAAAUAUCAGGUGUACAAAAUAAGAUUUGAUUUCUUACCAUAUGAGUACUAUCAACAGGAGAAGUUUGUGAGGCCAGAAGGCAUCCUUCGGUUCAUGGAAACCAGGUUCUUCAAAAUCAUGUUUGACGCUAUAAAAAAGAAAAGCGCUAAGCUUUCCUCCUUCAGAGAAGUAGGCACUAGAAAGGCUACCCACAAGGACCUAGAUGAUGCUGGAGAAAGCCGAGGAAAUCAGGAAUCCCAAGAAGCUGACAAUGAAAAAGAUGAAGUCAUUGUAGAUGCAGAUGCUGAUGAGGGAGAUGCCGAUGCCACAGACGCUAGAAGAAAAGAAAAACAGGAAGAGGAGGUGGACUAUGACAGUGAGGAAGAGAAAUCUGUUGAGAAUGAAGACGAGCCGGAGGGAGAGAGCCAAACUACUAAGGAUCCAGAUGCCGAUGAUGAGAUAGCAAACAAUGCUUCCAUGGCGGAGGAGGAAUCCCAACCUACAUCCAUGCCCAUUAACUUAUCAAAGAAAAAGAAAGAUGAGAAAAGCCUUAGCAAGGAUGUGAUAGCAGAGAACAGAAUAAAUGCAGUGCUGAGUCUAAACUCCUCUGUAGAAGACUAUAUAUAUGACACAGAAAACAGCUUGUGGUGUGAGGUCACAAUAAAGUUGCCGUUGAUGAAAGUACAUUUUGAUGUCUCGUCUCUGGUCGUCUCCCUCGCACACAACACGGUUAUCCAUGAGACACGAGGCAUAACACGCUGCCUCUUGAAUGAAAAUACAAACCAUAAAGGGGAAAAAGAGCUAUUUAUGAACACAGAGGGAAUCAACCUUUAUGAACUCUUCAUGUAUUCAGAUAUUCUAGACUUACGGCGACUUUAUACAAAUGACAUUCAUGCUAUGGCUGCCACCUACGGCAUAGAGGCAGCCUUACGGGUGGUUGAAAAGGAAAUAAAAGAUGUAUUUGCUGUUUAUGGAAUUGAAGUGGAUCCUCGUCACCUGUCACUUGUGGCAGAUUACAUGUGUUUUGAAGGAACCUACCGGCCUCUCAAUCGUUUUGGGAUGCAAUCCAGCUCAUCCCCGUUGCAGCAGAUGACAUUUGAAACUAGUUACAAAUUUUUGAAAGACGCCACCAUGACUGGAGCUCAUGAUGACCUUCGGUCUCCAUCUGCCUGUCUGGUAGUGGGAAAUGUGGUUAAAGGUGGAACUGGAUUGUUUGACCUUAAACAGCCAAUGAAGUGAUUGCACAGAAUACGAGGACCCAAGCUGCGAUUAUCAGGAAGAUGCAGAGGCUGUGACCAUAUGUCAUACAUAUAAUUACUGUUCCUUAGAGUGUUCUUACCAUGCAACUUGCAGAAAUUAUUAGUUCUCGUGCCAGCAAAUAUCUGUUAUUUUACGGAAUAUCAGUAGGUAAAGGCAAAAUUAAACAAUCAUGAUUCACUUAGAGAAUGCCAUUUUGUAUAACUUUUGCUUUAUUCUUUUGGUAUCCUUUGUUGAGUAAAUCUAGGUGGGAUCUGGAUGGUGUGUGUUUCUUUAGUAGUCUAUAACAGCAGUGUUUGUAACUAUGGAUAGCACUGCAAAAACAGCUGACUAAAGAUAUGUGCACGCUCCUCAGCUUGCCAACAAUUAUUCUUUAACAAAGAAUACCAAGAGAACUUAUCAAAAUUGAUAAUAGAAGUAACUUUGAAAGAUAUUUAAAAUUCCAUGCUCUAUCCGAUCCAUUUAUUUCAUUUUGACUUUACUGUCCCUUUAAUAUAUCCAAAUAUCCUUCAGGUAUAUUUUGUAAACUCAUAUGGAAAUGUUGCAACCGCUUUUCUUUUGGAUUAAUGUAUUAGUUAAACUAUGGCUUGAAUUUGUGUGAUCUAACAGAGCUUGUUAUUUUUGUGAGAAAUAUGUAAAAUCACAAAUGUUCUUGAAGGGAAGGUAAACACAUUUCUUUCUUAUAGGUGGCGAGAGUCCACAAGCUUUUACGUAUGAGAUAUACAUAACAGCUUCUGGACUCUCGCCAACCAUGAAAGAAAUUAAUUUUUCAGGUAAGAUAUAAAUUAUAUUUUCUCUUGUUAAGUGUAUCCAGUCCACGGAUCAUCCAUUACUUGUGGGAUAUUCUCCUUCCCAACAGGAAGUUGCAAGAGGAUCACCCACAGCCGAGCUGCUAUAUAGCUCCUCCCCUCACUGCCAUAUCCAGUCAUUCUCUUGCAACUCUCAACAAUGAUGGAGGUUGUAAGAGGACUGUAGUGUUUUAUACUUAGUUUAUUUCUUCAAUCAAAAGUUUGUUAUUUUUAAAUGGUACCGGAGUGUACUGUUUAUCUCAGGCAGUAUUUAGAAGAAGAAUCUGCCUGCGUUUUCUAUGAUCUUAGCAGAAGUAACUAAGAUCCUUUGCUGUUCUCACAUAUUCUGAGGAGUGAGGUAACUUCAGAGGGGGAAUGGCGUGCAGGUUUUCCUGCAAUAAGGUAUGUGCAGUUAAUAUUUUUCUAGGGAUGGAAUUUGCUAGAAAAUGCUGCUGAUACCGUAGUAAUGUAAGUAAAGCCUUAAAUGCAGUGAUAGCGACUGGUAUCAGGCUUAUUAAUAGAGAUACAUACUCUUAUAAAAGUGUAAUUUAAAACGUUUGCUGGCAUGUUUAAUCAUUUUUUAUAUAUGUUUGGUGAUAAAAAUUAUUGGGGCCUAGUUUUUUCCACCUGGCUGGCUUGAAUUUUGCCUAGAAACAGUUCCCUGAGGCUUUCCACUGUUGUAAUAUGAGUGGGAGGGGCCUAUUUUAGCGCUUUUUUGCGCAGAAAAAUUACAGACACAGACAUCCAGCUUCUUCCUUAAGGUGGAGGGAGCAGUUUCUACUUUAGCAAAGCGUACCACUAUCCCGGUUGAGGACAGUUGUGCUUUUUCAGAUUUAAUGGAUAAAAAAUUGGAGGGUUACCUUAAGAAAAUGUUUAUUCAACAAGGUUUUAUUUUACAGCCCCUUGCAUGCAUUGCGCCUGUCACUGCUGCGGCGGCAUUCUGGUUUGAGGCCCUGGAAGAGGCCAUCCAUACAGCUCCAUUGAAUGAAAUUAUUGACAAGCUUAGAACGCAUAAGCUAGCUAACUCAUUUGUUUCUGAUGCCAUUGUUCAUUUGACUAAACUAACGGCUAAGAAUUCCGGAUUCGCCAUCCAGGCGCGUAGGGCGCUAUGGCUUAAAUCCUUGUCAGCUGACGUGACUUCAAAGUCUAAAUUACUCAACAUUCCUUUCAAGGGGCAGACCUUAUUCGGGCCUGGCUUGAAGGAAAUUAUUGCUGACAUUACUGGAGGCAAGGGUCAUACCCUUCCUCAGGACAGGGCCAAAUCAAAGGCCAAACAGUCUAAUUUUCGUGCCUUUCAAAAUUUCAAGGCAGGAGCAGCAUCAACUUCCUCCGCUUCAAAACAAGAGGGAACUGUUGCUCAUUCCAGACAGGCCUGGAAACCUAACCAGUCCUGGAACAAGGGCAAGCAGGCCAGAAAGCCUGCUGCUGUCCCCAAGACAGCAUGAAGGAACGGCCCCCUAUCCGGAAACGGAUCUAGUGGGGGGCAGACUUUCUCUCUUCGCCCAGGCGUGGGCAAGAGAUGUUCAGGAUCCCUGGGCGUUGGAGAUCAUAUCUCAGGGAUAUCUUCUGGACUUCAAAGCUUCUCCUCCACAAGGGAGAUUUCAUCUUUCAAGGUUAUCAGCAAACCAGAUAAAGAAAGAGGCAUUACUAAGCUGUGUGUAAGACCUCCUAGUAAUGGGAGUGAUCCAUCCAGUUCCGCGGACGGAACAAGGACAGGGGUUUUAUUCAAAUCUGUUUGUGGUUCCCAAGAAAGAGGGAACCUUCAGACCAAUCUUGGAUCUAAAGAUCUUAAACAAAUUCCUCAGAGUUCCAUCAUUCAAAAUGGAAACUAUUCGGACCAUCCUACCCAUGAUCCAAGAGGGUCAGUACAUGACCACAGUGGACUUAAAGGAUGCCUACCUUCACAUACCGAUUCACAAAGAUCAUCAUCGGUUCCUAAGGUUUGCCUUUCUAGACAGGCAUUACCAAUUUGUAGCUCUUCCCUUCGGGUUGGCCACAGCCCCGAGAAUUUUUACAAAGGUUCUGGGCUCACUUCUGGCGGUUCUAAGACCGCGAGGCAUAGCGGUGGCUCCUUAUCUAGACGACAUCCUGAUACAGGCGUCAAAUUGCCAAGUCUCAUACAGAGAUAGUUCUGGCAUUUCUGAGGUCGCAUGGGUGGAAAGUGAACGUGGAAAAGAGUUCUCUAUCCCCACUCACAAGAGUCUCCUUCCUAGGGACUCUUAUAGAUUCUGUAGAGAUGAAAAUUUACCUGACGGAGUCCAGGUUAUCAAAACUUCUAAAUGCUUGCCGUGUCCUUCAUUCCAUUCCACGCCCGUCAGUGGCUCAGUGCAUGGAAGUAAUCGGCUUAAUGGUAGCGGCAAUGGACAUAGUGCCAUUUGCGCGCCUGCAUCUCAGACCGCUGCAAUUAUGCAUGCUAAGUCAGUGGAAUGGGGAUUACUCAGAUUUGUCCCCUCUACUAAAUCUGGAUCAAGAGACCAGAGAUUCUCUUCUCUGGUGGCUAUCUCGGGUCCAUCUGUCCAAGGGUAUGUCUUUUCGCAGGCCAGAUUGGACGAUUGUAACAACAGAUGCCAGCCUUCUAGGUUGGGGUGCAGUCUGGAACUCCCUGAAGGCUCAGGGAUCGUGGACUCAGGAGGAGAAACUUCUCCCAAUAAAUAUUCUGGAGUUAAGAGCAAUAUUCAAUGCUCUUCUAGCUUGGCCUCAGUUAGCAACCCUGAGGUUCAUCAGAUUUCAGUCGGACAACAUCACGACUGUGGCUUACAUCAACCAUCAAGGGGGAACCAGGAGUUCCCUAGCGAUGUUAGAAGUCUCAAAGAUAAUUCGCUGGGCAGAGUCUCACUCUUGCCACCUGUCAGCGAUCCACAUCCCAGGCGUAGAGAACUGGGAGGCGGAUUUUCUAAGUCGUCAGACUUUUCAUCCGGGGGAGUGGGAACUCCAUCCGGAGGUGUUUGCUCAAUUGGUCCAUCGUUGGGGCAAACCAGAACUGGAUCUCAUGGCGUCUCACCAGAACGCUAAGCUUCCUUGUUACGGAUCCAGGUCUAGGGACCCGGGAGCGACGCUGAUAGAUGCUCUAGCAGCUCCUUGGUUCUUCAACCUGGCUUAUGUGUUUCCACCGUUUCCUCUGCUCCCUCGACUGAUUGCCAAAAUCAACCAGGAGAGUGCAUCAGUGAUUCUGAUUGCGCCUGCGUGGCCACGCAGGACCUGGUAUGCAGACCUAGUGGACAUGUCAUCUCUUCCACCAUGUACUCUGCCUCUGAGGCAGGACCUUCUAAUACAAGGUCCUUUCAAUCAUCCAAAUCUAAUUUCUCUGAGACUGACUGCAUGGAGAUUGAACGCUUGAUUCUAUCAAGGCGUGGCUUCUCCGAGUCAGUCAUUGAUACCUUAAUACAGGCACGAAAGCCUGUCACCAGGAAAAUCUACCAUAAGAUAUCGCGUAAAUAUCUUUAUUGGUGUGAAUCCAAGAGUUACUCAUGGAGUAAGGUUAGGAUUCCUAGGAUAUUGUCCUUUCUCCAAGAGGGUUUGGACAAAGGCUUAUCAGCUAGUUCUUUAAAGGGACUGAUCUCUGCUCUGUCCUUUUGCACAAGCGUCUGGCAGAGGUUCCAGACGUCCAGGCAUUUUGUCAGGCUUUGGUUAGGAUUAAGCCUCUGUUUAAAACUGUUGCUCCCCCGUGGAGCUUAAACUUGGUUCUUAAAGUUCUUCAGGGAGUUCCGUUUGAACCCCUUUAUUCCAUUGAUAUUAAACUUUUAUCUUGGAAAGUUCUGUUUUUGAUGGCUAUUUCCUCGGCUUGAAGAGUCUCUGAGUUAUCUGCCUUACAAUGUGAUUCUCCUUAUCUGAUUUUUCAUUCAGACAAGGUAGUUCUGCGUACCAAACCUGGGUUUUUACCUAAGGUGGUUUCUAACAGGAAUAUCAAUCAAGAGAUUGUUGUUCCAUCAUUGUGUCCUAAUUUUUCUUCAAAGAAGGAACGUCUCUUGCAUAAUCUGGACGUAGUCCGUGCCUUGAAGUUUUACUUACAGGCUACUAAAGAUUUUCGUCAAACAUCUGCCCCUGGACAGAGGAGAGGUCAAAAAGCUUCGGCAACCUCUCUCUCCUUUUGGCUUCGGAGCAUAAUACGCCUAGCCUAUGAGACUGCUGGACAGCAGCCCCCUGAAAGGAUUACAGCUCAUUCUACUAGAGCUGUGGCUUCCACCUGGGCCUUUAAAAAUGAGGCCUCUGUUGAACAGAUUUGCAAGGCUGCGACUUGGUCUUCGCUUCACACCUUUUCAAAAUUUUACAAAUUUGAUACUUUUGCUUCUUCGGAGGCUGUUUUUGGGAGAAAGGUUCUACAGGCAGUGGUUCCUUCCGUUUAAGUUCCUGCCUUGUCCCUCCCAUCAUCCGUGUACUUUAGCUUUGGUAUUGGUAUCCCACAAGUAAUGGAUGAUCCGUGGACUGGAUACACUUAACAAGAGAAAACAUAAUUUGUGUAUCCAGUCCACGGCCCGCCCUGUCCUUUUAAGGCAGGUCUAAAUUUUAAUUAAACUACAGUCACCACUGCACCCUAUAGUUUCUCCUUUCUCGGCUUGUUUCGGUCGAAUGACUGGAUAUGGCAGUGAGGGGAGGAGCUAUAUAGCAGCUCUGCUGUGGGUGAUCCUCUUGCAACUUCCUGUUGGGAAGGAGAAUAUCCCACAAGUAAUGGAUGAUCCGUGGACUGGAUACACUACAAGAGAAAUAAAUUUAUCAGGUAAGCAUAAAUUAUGUUUUUUAUUAAGGUGUAUUAAAUAAAUACAGUGCAGUUCAUAGUUAUUAUGGGUGUAUUGCCUUGUUGGAAAUAUAUUUGCUACGCCCUUAUAUAUAAUUGUUUUCUAUUAAUUCAGCAAUGAGGUAUUUAACUGUAAGAUUCUGUUCUACUUGCCUCAGAAGCUGAACUGUAGCAGCAACUGUAGAAUAUGCUGCAUAUCUGAUUGGCUCUACCACCCACUGAAAAAACAAGAAGUGGAGGGUAUCCAAAUAUGCCAAAUGUCUCUUUAAUGUGUGAUAUUAAAUCAUCACAGGUUUAAGAGGCAUGUGCCGCGAAACGUUGUGGUAUUUUUGACCCUGUGAUGAUUUAAUAUCACACAUUAAAGAGACAUUUGGCAUAUUUGGAUACCCUCCACUUCUUGUUUUUUUCAGUUUGCUAUAUUGGGAGUUUGGUACUAACUCCAGGAGGGUUUGACCAGUUGGACUGUUGUGCUGGAUUUAACUUGGUUUUCAUCUGUACCACCCACUGACUCAAAGAAGAAAAAAAAUGGGUUCCCUGCAUGCCAGGUAAAUUAGGGCACACGUAUAAUUAUAGUUUAUUAGAGAUAUUUAUAAAAACAUAGGCACACCUAUGAUAACUAUGAAUGGCAGUGCAUUUAAUACACUGUAGAAAAUAUUUACUGUCCCUUUAAAGGUAAAUCUGCGCAAAAGGAAAAUGUGAAUCUAUGGCUCAUACUGGUGCCACUAUACACACACUGAGCUGUUUGACGUACAACGGAAUAUUGUAAUGUGCAUCAUCAACUACAGUGUUUUGUUAAUGUAAAUGUUUACAAUUCAGUUGUAAAAAUGCUUUUCAUUUGAAUAAAUAUGUUCUGUCUAUUAAA